AUGACUGUAACUCCAGCACAGCCCCUUUGUGAUAGUGGUUGGACUUACAUACCAGCAGUCAGCAGGUGUUAUAGACAUUCUGGGAGCCUAAAGAUGACAUACGAUAAGGCUGUGCAGGAGUGUGAUAGAAUUGGUGGAAUCAUAGCUAUGCCAAAAACAAAGGAACUUCAAAAUGCCAUGGUGUCAAUACUGAGUGAUGAGGAAUACUGGAUAGGACUGGAAAGAAAGGGGGGAGCAGGGCAUGUUGACCACUGGGCAGACGGGACUGACUUAAUUUAUGACCACAUUUGCCCCUGUGACUAUAGAGAGGAUGCUCAAUGUGCUGCAUACCGGACUCUUGGUGACAACAAUGGUGGAUGGCAUUACUGGGCUGAUAGGAAGUGUAGUCAUAAGGAGAGAUUUGUCUGUGAGAAAACAGUUUCAUUUUCUACUUGUGAUCCUCUUCCACUACCCCCAAAUCUGGCACCAGAAGACUGUGAGGUUGUGUUACCUAGCAAUGCUGUACACACUGGACCAUACCCUCUUGGUACAACUGUAGCGAUGAACAACUGGUAUAUGCUGCCACCUAGCACUCAAACCUUUACAUGUGCAAAUUUCACCUGGGUUUUGAGUUCUGAAUUGCAGCUAGGUAAUUAA